GCUAGGCUCAUGGGCUGCUGACUCAGUUCCCUCUGCAGCUCUUGCCCAGCAGCCCUGCUCUGAGGCAGGCUCUGAUGGGACCUGCACACUGCACUGGUCACACCUUCGAUGCUGCUGCUGGGAAUACGAUGGAGGCUUCAGGAGCUUCUGCCCAGUCUCAAGACAACAGUGGAGUCCACAGCGAAAUUGAAGCUCUAGACUACCAAGAGACAGAGUUCCACCAGCAAGAUGGCAAGGCCCGGGAAGGAUAUGAGAGAGACAAGUCUUCCUCCUCUUCAUCCUCCUCUUCCUCUUCCUCCUCCUCAUCUUCCUCCUCCUCCUCAGACAGCAGCGAUGAGGACCAGCACUCCCGAGGUCCCAGGAAACACCGAAGGAAGCCCCACAGGGACAGCUCUUCUGGUGUUGACCACCGGGAAGUGGAGGUGCUGAAGGAUGAGCUUCAGCUCUAUGGAGGUGCUGCUGGGGAAAUGGUGCUUGCUGGGGAGUCAGGACUCCGAAGGAGAGGUUCCGGCUCAGCAGGGGGAGAAGUGGAGGCCUCUCAGCUAAGAAGGCUGAACAUUAAGAAGGACGAUGAAUUUUUCCACUUCGUCCUCCUCUGCUUUGCCAUUGGAGCCUUGCUGGUGUGUUAUCACUACUAUGCAGACUGGUUCAUGGCCCUUGGGGUUGGCCUGCUCACCUUUGCUUCCCUAGAGACCAUCGGCAUCUACUUUGGGCUGGUGUACAGAAUCCACAGUGUACUUCAGGGCUUCAUCCCCCUCCUUCAGAAGUUCAGGCUGCCAGGGUUCAGGAGAACAGACUGACACCACAGCGGGAUGGCAGCUGAGCCAGUCCCCACUAUGACCACUGUAACCACUGCCAUACCUGAGCCCAGAAGACAGAGCCACAUGCUGGAAGACACCAGGAGGCCACACAAUAAAGAACUCUUUCCUUCCAUGUGGUCUGAGUGUUGGCGCCAGUGGGCAGGCUCUCACUCUGCAGAUUAGCACUCGGUCUCCAAGGGGAGAAGAAGAGGGACAGCAUCUGGGUCAGCAAGAAAGAGCUGGGAUGCCAUCACUCUUAGGGGCAGCAAGAGGCCUGGGCCCCACAGGCUGACAGCUGUGGGCUCCGGUCUCUCCCGUGUCCUCAGGCCAUACUUGUGAGCUCAUAGUUCCUGCAGAGCCAUCUUGGGACAGACAGUCUACUGCCCUGAGGCAGGGAGCUACCAGCCUGGGUCCCCAGGGGAACCUGUUGCAGAUAAGACACUGGGGACCAAAACUGUGGCCCUAUCACCCAGUGACCAACCCUGUUACCCUUGAACUACUGAA